AUGCCCUCGUUCAUCUCAUUGACCGAGAGCGUUUGGGCUUUUCCCCAGGCCAAGUUGGCUUUGCACAAGCUGCACAGCACACGCUCCAGAGAGGCUGUAACUUUUGUUUUCAGACCUGCUGAGGCUGGUGGGAUAGAUUUCAGCAAAGCGCUGGGCGCGCUGGCAUUUCUCGACGGCGUGGAGAUUCAUCGCCUCCGCGCCCUUUCUGCCAUCCGAUAUCCUUUGGAAGCUGCCACGGUCAGCCUAGAACAAGCCCAGAUCAUCGAGGGACUGCAUGAGACGGCUUCAAAGCGAUACGAGCGGUUUCACCUGGGCUUCCGUGGCUGUAUCCUUAUGGAUGGAUUAAGAGGCAAGAGCGAUUCACUCGACGACAGGCUCGAACUCAUGGCCCUCCUCAACGCACUGUUCCCGGCCACAGUACAUCUCGGACAUCUGGAUGAUGUCGACCCUUCAGCUUACUCCUCUGACCUCCGCAGAAGCAUCCGCUUCUCCAUCUACGAGUACAUCAUGCGCCAAGUACCAUUCUCCAAGAACCACUCCCCGGCCAUGCGCAUGAGACUUCACAGCUGGUACGGCGUGCCUAGCUACGACGAGUCUCGUGAGGCCUUGACGCGAUACGCUGAAGAAUUCAAAAAAUCUGAGGAGCUCUGCUUCUUGAUCCUUCGCGCCGCCGGCGGCAGGCAGAGCGGUCGACGGUCUGCCACGUCGAGGAUCCCGUCUCUCACUUGGUCCCGCAGCUCCCCUACUUGGUGCGGAACUGUCGACGGCAGCAAGCCCGAAACCCGGCGCUCAUCGACUCAUUCAUCCUGCCAAGCCACACCGAGCUCCCCGAUGGCAACACUGCUUCUCGACGGAGUCCCAGCACAGGAAAUAUUGGGGGCACAGACGGACCUGGGGGCAUUCGUGGGUAACCCAGCGUCUCCAUGCGACAGUCGGCUGUCAGGCACGGGAUAUGACCAGCACCCACUUACCAGGGAUCUCGACAUGACGCCUGCUCAGAAGGCCUCCCUCGGUCUCCUGAUCCCCAGAGCCAUCCAGCGUCGUGGCUCGUAG